AAAUUUUGAUGUUAAAUAUUGGAUUUCAUGUGGGUUUCAGGUGAUACUUGAUGGGCCAGCUGUUGAUGCUUUGCUAACAUACAGAGAAACAUGGCCAGCAACUUCCGGAGCUACAUCUGGGACCCCGUCCUCAUUAUAUGUCAGAUCGUACUGAUGCAGUGCAUCUACUACAGUUUCCUUGGCCUGUGGUUGGCUGGAGUGGACAGCCUUGUGCAGAAUGGCCGGUCACUUGAUCAGAUCUUCAGCUAUGAAGUCCUUGGUUUUGCGACGAUGCAGGGCAGGCUGUCAAUGAUGGCCUUCAUCUUGAACUCUCUUACCUGCGCUCUCGGGUUGUGGUUCUUCAUUCGUCGAGGGAAGCAGUGCCUGGACUUCACCGUCACCGUUCACUUCUUCCACAUGAUUGGCUGCUGGAUCUAUAACUCCCACCUCCCCUCAGCUCUCUCCUGGUGGCUGGUCAACGUGGCCUGCAUCGCGCUGAUGGCCGUCAUCGGGGAGUACCUGUGCAUGCGGACUGAGCUCAGGGCGAUUCCAGUCAAUACUGGACCUAAAUCCAACCUGUGAACUCUUUCUCCUGUUUUAUUUAGUUUUUUUGAGACACGAGGAACUCAAUGCGAAGAGUAAACCUUCAUGAACGGACAGACUGAAAUGUUAUGAAUCCUGUCAUAAAGUGGUCCUCCAGCCCACCUGAUAUUUAUUCAUAGCUGCUUGUUUAAUGUUGGACAGUAUUUUCUCUGUAGCUUAUUAAAAAUGUGUCUUUUAUUGUUUUUAAAAGCGUAUUUCGCUACAGCUGGGAGUUAUAGUUUGUAUGUUUACUCAUCUUAAUAUCUUUUAUUGUCACAUGAUGAUAAUGUGUGCAAUUUAUACAAACUGUGCCCGCAUCAUCAUCAUCCUCAUUCUGCAAGUUUUAGGCGCAACAAAAUAGUGGAAUAAAAAAAAAAACAAGCUUUUUUAAGGGGAUUUUAUUUAUUAGUAGC